AGUUAAAACUUGUCUGGGAAAUAUUCCUUUGCCCGGAGACAUUUACCAUUAAAGGGGAAAAAGAUAAAGAAACAACUUAAUAGAGAAGCAAAGAAGGUGAGUGGUCGACAGAUUUCCACUUGCAAGAGUCUGAUGAUGACAGGACAGAAGAUCUAUCUGCCCAAAGGACAUUGCCAUAAAUAGUUGAGGCAAUACCUUUGAAGCUCUUUCCACAGGAGAAAAGAGACCACGCCCUACGAGAAACUACCCAAAACUAAACACAGAGUAGAAAAAUCACAGGGCCUUUCAAAGAGUGGAAAGCUACUUGAAAUCGAAAAUUCUUUGUCUUUAAAAACAAAGAUAAUGGCAGGUAAUGAGUAUAAAAAGGGCUUGUGGACAGAGGAGGAGGAUAGGAUUCUGCUUGAACACAUAAGGGUGCAUGGAAAAGGGCAUUGGAAUCGCAUCCCUAAGGUGACUGGUUUGAGGAGGGCUGGAAAGAGCUGCAGGUUAAGAUGGUUGAAUUAUCUGAGCCCAAAUGUGAAACAUGGAGAUUUUUCUGAAGAAGAAGAAGAUCUCAUUUUAAGACUCCAUAAGCUCCUUGGAAACAGGUGGUCUCUAAUCGCUGGGCGGGUGCCGGGACGAACAGAUAACCAAGUAAAGAACCACUGGAAUACGCACCUCCGCAAGAAAUUGGGCAUCAAGAAGCAAGUUAGCUCCUCAACAACACAGCCAGAACAAACCCAGAAAACACCACUUCAUAACAUCAAUUAUGAGCAUACGCAGAACAGUAAAUUUGUGGAGAAUCAAGACUCUGCUGAGACAUCUAACUGGGAACCGGAAAUAGUGAACCAACAAUGCUAUAAAGAAUCGCUAUUGUUUCCGACUGACUUUUACUUAAAUCUUUACAGCCCAGGAUUAAUGGAAUUUCUAGAUGAGAACCCUCCUGAUCAAAUUUUCCAAAACAAUUAAUUUCUGCUGUUAUUGUCAUUGAUUUAUCUUUUCACAAUGUUCAGGUAUCUGCAUUAUCUUUUUUUCUCCGUUUUGCCAAAAUUAUCCUAAGUUUGUCUGUAUUUGGUUAUCGUUAUCGCAUGUAAUCUGAAAUAAUUAAAGCCAGUGUAAAAAUUGUAUAAAUACUCUCUUUUUUCAAGCAUAGCCCCGUCAACGACGAAAUUGUUUUUGACUCUA